AUGGAGCUUAGAGAGAAGGAGAACUAUGGAGUCGAAAGUUUUAAGGUUAAUAAACACAUAAGAAUGAAGUGGUUUCUGUUUGGGGCAGCGAUAUGCCUUCUUUGCUUGCACAGCGAAUCCAAAACUUGGUCUACAGAAGAACACAGAUCACGAAGACAUAACUCACUGGAAUACACUAAUGAAAUACCAACGCGAAGGUCGAUACAUCACAAGAGCUCGGCUGACCCUCCUGAUCACACCAAACUGGUUGAGAUGGCGAGAUAUGUAAUGCACAACUGUGAUUGGGCAUCGAUAGCUACUAUAUCAAUUCUGCCGGCUAUCGAAGGUUUCCCAUUUUCAAACGUUAAGUCCAUCGUCGAUGGCUCUCUAGCUAACUCUACCGGGGUGCCGUAUUUCUACAUGUCCCCUUUGGAUUUUACUGCACGCGAUUUGUCGAAAAACACGCGGGCAACAGUGCUCGUGUCCUUGGAAGAAACAAAUUAUUGCGAAACACAUAACUUGGACCCGGAAGAUCCGCGAUGCACAAGACUAAUGCUUUCAGGGAAAAUGAAGACGGUCAAAGAAGGCACCCCAGAGUACACUUUCGCUAAGGCCGCAUUGUUUGAAAGGCAUCCGGCUAUGGCGAAUUUCCCUCCAGAUCACAACUGGUUCGUAGCGAAAAUGAAGAUCGCUCAGAUCGCUAUGAUCGAUUGGUUCGGCGGCGCAAAAUACAUUUCGGUUAAAGAAUAUCUCGCGUACAACUAUACCGGCAAUGAAAUGUUGCACUAUUACAGCCGCUUGCACCAAUAA